UCACCGCUGCUUUUCUUUUUUAUUUUCCAUUUAUUUUUUAUUUUAUUGUAUUUCGUUUCAUCUUUCUCUAACCCGCUCCAAACUCGGGCGUUUUGGAUUCAGGGGGCUUCCGGCACACCUUCGAAAUAAUUGGUCCCCCAGAUCCACUGAGCUCCGAAUAUGAGUAGCUUGGUGGAGAGGCUUCGCGUUAGGUCAGACCGAAGACCAAUUUACAAUAUUGAUGAGUCAGAUGAUGAGGCUGAUUUUGUGACUGGAAAACGUGGGGCAGCUCCAGAAAAGUUUGAAAAGAUUAUUAGGAGUGACGCGAAAGAGAAUUCAUGUCAAGCCUGUGGUGGAACUGGGAAUCUUCUGGGCUGUGAAACAUGUAGUUAUGCUUACCAUUCUAAGUGUUUACUUCCACCACUGAGAUCACCUCCCCCUGGCAACUGGAGAUGCCCUGAAUGUGUAAGCCCAUUAAAUGAUAUUGAUAAGAUUUUGGACUCUGAAAUGCGCCCUACUGUAGCUGGUGAUAGUGAUGCCUCAACGCUGGGCUCGAAGCAAAUUUUUGUAAAACAGUAUCUUGUGAAGUGGAAGGGACUAUCCUAUUUGCAUUGUACAUGGGUUCCAGAGAAGGAGUUCGUGAAAGCUUUCAAAGCCCAUCCACGUUUGAAGACAAAAGUAAAUAAUUUCCAUCGUCAAAUGGAAUCAAGUAAUAACUCUGAGGAUGAUUUUGUUGCUAUUCGACCUGAAUGGACUACUGUUGAUCGAAUUCUGGCCUGCAGGGAAUACGAUGAGAAAGAAUAUUUAGUAAAGUGGAAAGAACUUCCCUAUGAUGAGUGCUAUUGGGAAUCUGAAUCGGACAUAGCUGCGUUUCAGCCGGAAAUAGGGAGAUUCAACAGAAUUCAGUCUAGGUCUCAUAAAGUUUUGUCUAGUAAGCAAAAGAGCAGUCUUAGAGAUGCCAUGGAAUCAAAAAAUAAGCAGAAAGAGUUUCAACAGUAUGAAGGCAGUCCUGAUUUUCUUUCUGGAGGCACUCUACAUCCUUAUCAGCUUGAAGGGUUGAACUUCUUACGUUUCUCCUGGUCCAAACAAACACAUGUUAUACUUGCAGAUGAGAUGGGACUUGGCAAAACUAUACAGAGUAUUGCUUUUUUAGCAUCACUUUUUGAAGAGAAAGUCUCUCCACAUCUAGUUGUGGCUCCACUUUCGACCUUGAGAAAUUGGGAACGGGAAUUUGCAACAUGGGCACCUCAAAUGAAUGUGGUUAUGUAUGUUGGCUCUUCCCAAGCGCGUGCUGUCAUACGGGAAUAUGAAUUUUACUUCCCCAAAAAUCACAAGAAGAUGAAGAAAAAGAAAUCUGGUCAAAUUGUUAGCGAAAGCAAGCAAGAUAGGAUCAAAUUUGAUGUUCUCUUGACAUCUUACGAGAUGAUCAACUUAGACUCAACAUCACUGAAACCGAUAAAGUGGGAGUGCAUGAUUGUUGACGAAGGUCAUCGUCUGAAAAAUAAGGAUUCAAAAUUAUUCUCAUCAUUACAGCAGUAUUCGACUAAUCAUCGUGUGCUUCUGACCGGAACUCCCCUCCAGAACAAUCUGGAUGAGCUCUUUAUGCUUAUGCAUUUCCUUGAUGCUGGGAAGUUCGGAAGUUUGGAAGAGUUCCAGGAAGAGUUUAAGGAUAUAAAUCAAGAGGAACAAAUUUCUCGGCUUCAUAGAAUGUUGGCUCCCCAUCUUCUAAGAAGAGUGAAAAAGGAUGUGAUGAAGGAACUACCUCCUAAAAAGGAACUGAUAUUACGUGUUGAUUUAAGCAGCAAACAGAAAGAGUAUUACAAAGCAAUUCUGACCCGUAACUACCAGAUACUAACUCGUCGAGGUGGUGCGCAGAUAUCUCUUAUCAAUGUGGUUAUGGAAUUGCGCAAGCUUUGUUGUCAUCCGUUUAUGUUAGAGGGAGUUGAACCAGUCAUCGCAGAUCCAAAUGAAGCUUUUAAACAGCUGUUGGAAACUUCUGGGAAAUUGCAAUUGUUAGACAAAAUGAUGGUGAAACUAAAGGAGCAAGGGCAUAGAGUUCUCAUAUAUUCACAGUUUCAGCACAUGCUUGAUUUGCUAGAAGACUAUUGUACUUUCAAAAAAUGGCAGUACGAACGGAUAGAUGGAAAAGUUGGUGGAGCUGAGAGACAAAUAAGAAUAGAUCGAUUUAAUGCCAAAAGCUCUUCCAGAUUUUGUUUUUUGCUAUCUACUCGAGCUGGGGGCUUAGGAAUAAACCUUGCAACUGCAGACACAGUGAUCAUAUAUGAUAGUGAUUGGAAUCCACAUGCUGAUCUACAAGCUAUGGCAAGAGCUCAUCGACUUGGACAAACUAACAAGGUAAUGAUUUAUAGGCUAGUGACCCGAGGAAGCAUUGAAGAACGGAUGAUGGAAAUGACAAAGAAGAAAAUGGUAUUGGAGCAUUUGGUUGUUGGAAGGUUAAAGAAACAAGAGAUUAACCAGGAAGAGUUAGAUGACAUCAUAAGGUAUGGAUCGAAGGAGUUAUUUGCUGACGAAAAUGAUGAAGCAGGAAAAUCCCGUCAAAUUCAUUAUGAUGACGCUGCAAUAGAUAGACUACUGGAUCGUGAUCAAGCUGGGGAUGAUGAGGCUUUGUUGGAUGAUGAAGAUGAAGAUGGAUUUUUAAAGGCCUUCAAGGUUGCAAAUUUUGAAUAUAUUGAUGAAGCAGAGACUGUAGCAGAGGAGGAACCACAAAAGGCUGCCAUGGACAGUCGACCUAUUGCGAGCAGUUCUGAAAGAACAAAUUACUGGGAAGAGUUACUAAAAGACAAAUAUGAAGUGCAUAAAGUUGAAGAAUUUAAUGCUUUGGGAAAAGGAAAGCGAAGUCGUAAGCAGAUGGUAUCUGUUGAUGAUGACGAUCUUGCUGGUUUGGAAGAUGUGAGUUCUGACGGCGAGGAUGAUAACUAUGAAGCUGAAGUGAUGGAUGGUGAAACAUCAUCCUCCGGAACUGCUUCUGGGGGGAAGAGGCCGCCUAACAGAAAGAGAAGUCGUGUGGAAAGCACAGAGCCCCCUCCCUUGAUGGAAGGAGAAGGAAGAUCAUUCAAAGUUUUGGGUUUCAAUCAAAGUCAGAGAGCACUGUUUGUACAAAUAAUGAUGAGGUUCGGAGUUGGGGAUUAUGACUGGAAAGAAUUUACAGCACGCAUGAAGAAGACAUUUGAAGAAAUAGAUAGAUAUGCUAAACUAUUCUUGGAGCACAUAGCUGAAGGAGACAAUGACUCUCCAACCUUUGCAGAUGGUGUUCCUAAAGACGGGCUCAGAAUAGGAGACGUACUUGUUAGGCUUGCCACUCUGAUGCUGGUGAAGAAAAGGGUGGAAGCAGCAUUAAGAAAUCCAGGUGCUCCACUUUUUUCAGAGGAUACCUUCUUGUUCCACCCUGGACUGAAGGGUGGAAAGUAUUGGAAGGAGGAACAUGAUUUGACAUUGUUGCGUGCUGUAAUUAAGCAUGGAUAUGGAAGAUGGCAAGCUAUUGUUGAUGACAAGGACCUGAGGCUUCAAGAAGUUAUCUGUCAAGAGUUGAAUCUUCCCUUUAUAAAUCUACCCUUCCAUGGACAAGUUAAUACACAAGCACAAAAUGGUGAGAAAACAACUAAUGGAGAAGGACCUAACAUCCAUGCGAGUGAAAAUGGUAGCGGAAGUGAUAUAGGAGCUAAUGUUGCCCAGGGAAACAGUCAUGGCGCUAACCAACCGCUGUUGUAUCAAAACACUUCUGUGUUAUAUCAAUAUAGAGAUAUGCAGAGAAGGCAGGUAGAAUAUAUAAAGAAAAGAGUGCUUCUUUUGGAGAAAGGGAAUGUUUCAGAGUACAUUGCAGAAGAAUAUGGUGAAGCAACUGUGGUUGGAAGUGAAGAACUCGAGAGUGAACCCAACGCUACAAUAUUGCCAAGCCCUCAUUCUGUUGAAACUAAUGGUCACAUGGCUGAUCAGUUGCCUAGAAUAGUAGACAUCACUCCUGAAGAAGUUGCUGCUGCAGCUUGUGACAACGAUCCAGAUCGGUUGAAAUUGCCUCGCCUGUAUAAUGAGAUGUGCAAGCUCGUGGACCGAAAUGCCCAUACUUCAUGUCCGACUGCCUUAGGAACCAUUUGUGAAGAGAUAAACAUGACUCUCUCUUCUGCACCCCAUAAUCCUCCACCGGCAUCUCACAUACUGAAUCUGGGUAAGCAAUCAGAAGCUGAGUCAAGUAGCAGUGGUCUCCUGAAACCACCAUCUCCUCAAAGUGACGGAAACCAUGCUGUCGUGGCGGACACUGCAGAAGCCAAAGCUACAAUUAUGGAGCUAGACCCUGAACCCAUGGACGGGAUGAUUUGUGAUGAUGUGGGAAAGCAAGAACAGGAGGAGGUUGAUUCUAAAGGAAAGGGGGUCGUUGUAUUGGAUGAUUGAUCGGAGUGAUGUUACUUUCUAGGCUGCGUGUCUUAAUUUAUACCAUUUUAUUUUCCUUUUUUUUCGUGUUUAUCGUCGCGUCUAUAAACCUCAAAAUAACUGGAAAAAAAGCUGGACCUUCUUUUGAUCAUUUAUAAGAUACAUUUCCCUUA